AUGGAAAUUCCUGAGACAGGGGCAGUGUUCACUCUGGGACAGUCACACCUGUCCGACGACCAUCAACACUUCUUCUUCAUCCGGAACGACGCCAUCGUCACCGUCAACGCCGGUCGAUAUGGCCAGAGCGCUGUUAUUUGCCAAUCUGGCCGAUGCUUUGUGUGGGGCGCCAAUGAGUUUGGAGAACUGGGCGUUGGACAGAGCAAGGAAAUUAUCAUCACAAAGCCCACCUGCAUCAAGGACAUCAAAAACCUGGGUCACAAAGUCGUGCGAAUGGUGUUCGGGAAGGGUUUCUCAGUCAUCGCAACACGGGACAACAGACUCUUCUUCUGUGGCCGAAAUCUCCUGCCCACGAACUUCCUGUGCAGCCUCAAAGAGUCUCCUCACGCCCACUUUUACACCCCGUUAUCCAUGACUGAGGACAUGAACAGCGACUUAUCGGAAGUGAGUCAUCUCACGGCUGGAACGUCACAUUUUGCAGUGAUAACAGGCAGCGACAAAUUAUUAAUCUGUGGGAAUUUCACUGAGACACCACCUGGCGACCUCAAAACCUUUGAACUUAAUGAAAAGUUUAAGCCAUAUAUCCUGGAAUGUGGCUCAACAUUCACCCUCCUCGUCACAGCAGGAAACAGUAACACGUCCAUUGUCUACAUUGUUGGACACUUUGGUGGCAAGACAUACAUAGAAUUGACGCAACUGAGGGAUUUCCAGCCCGAAUGCAGAAUUACUUCCAUUCAUAUUUCACCGAGGGAUGAAAUAUUCCUGCUGACAGGCUGCAAUUUCCUCUACAAGUGCUCCCAACUCAGAGAGUUGUUCUUCGAAAGGAUCACUUUGGCACCCAAUGGGGAGAACAUGAAGCUCCUGACCACUGGAGCGGAUUCCAUGUCUUUCCUCACAGACGAUCAGAGAUUUUUCACCACCAUGGCCUCGCCGAGAGACAUUCGAAAGGAGUCGGCUUUCAGAGAACUGACAAAAUUCAAGCCCAUGGACAUCCUGGCGAUCUCCUCAGGACUCCAUCACAUGCUUAUUCAUGCUGUGAAGAACGAAAAGAAGGCUUUUGUCACCAGACAAAGAAUCCCAGACACCCUGACAAAUGGCGAUACUGACCACAAUCUCAAUAAUCUCAACAAAACCUUCACAAAGUUGGAUUCCAAAGAUUUCGUGAGCAAUCUCGAGAAAGACGAGGAAGUGCAGUCGAAGAAAGACUCUAUAUCGGAAGAUUCAAAUUCCAGUCACAAAUCAGAGCCCAAGAAAACCCCUGAAGACCGAAAGAAGGCCAGAGAGCGACAAGUUGAGCAAGAACUUGCCAAGGAUGAGAACAUAAAAGUGGUGAAGAUUAUUGAUCCCAUCGAGGGAGAAAUUUAUCAGUGCAUCCGGAAUAAUGGUGAGACUGUUGAGAACUUCAUCAAGGGUCAGAUUCGCUUCAUAGACAAUGGCGUGGAUAAAACCACGGCUGAGCAGCAGCGCAAGGGCAGUCUCGUGGAUAGUCUCCUUGGUGAGCGCCUGGAGGAUCGCUCUCUCAGGAAAAUGUCAGACGAGAAGGACAAAACGAUGGAGUAUCUCAAGGGAAUGGUGGAGACCAUUCAGAGGAAAACACCAAUCCCGGAAAAGGACGCAGAAGAUGAGGAAACAACAGCAUCACUGACUUCCAAGCCAGACGACGAGGAGAUUCAGAAGCUUGACGAGAAACCUCCGGGAUUUAUGAAGCAGGUUCUGCAGGACCUGAAGAAUGCAAAGAAGGAGUUUUCCUGCAAGAAUGUGGACAGAAUUGAGGAAGAAAUGACAGAUGCUCAGAAGGCUGGAAAAACUCACAGAGGAAAUCAGAAGUCCGAAUUUUGUUCAAUUCUCUAGAAGGAAUUGCGAAAAUCCAGAGAAAAACUCUCCUCCGGGUAAAUUCCAAUUAAGGUUCCCGGACAAAUAUAACCUCAAAAGCAUAUUGGCGCACUUUUACAUCAAUAUAA